GGGGUUUCAUCGAAGGCGCAAAAAAGAAAAGGCCAAAAAGAGAGAAACGAGAGAGCGAGGACGAAGACGAAUACGACCACGAGUAGGAUCGUGGAACAUGCCGAAGCGCAAAACCCUAGCGUCAGUAGUUCGGCCAGUUCAAGGGAAGCGGAGAAGGAAAAGGAAGAAGUCAAAAGUGUCUGGUGAUGAUAAAGAAUUCGGUGUGAUGCAGAAUAAGGAUCGUAAAACUGAAAUUGAUGAGUUUAGUCCAUCUAAUUUGAAAGAGGUCAUGUUGGUUUCAGAAACUGUAAAAGAAGCAUCAGCAAGUGAAGUUUCAAUGCCACUAAUUGAGAAAGCGACAAAUUCUGCAGCCGCUGGUAAUCAAUCUUUACCAAAUCUUGAAGAUAUGGAAGCAUUGAGUAAAAAUAGCAAAUCUUCUGAUUCCAACAAUCGAAAUCCAUUAGUCGGCGAGAAAGAAGUCGAUGUCAAAGGAGUAAACACCAAUUCGGCCUCUAAAGGCGUUACAUUGACGUAUAAAAAGAGAAACAACAGGGCCACUGGGAAGUGGAAACAAAAGACCUCAUCUCAUGUUUCCGAAAACAACAGGGGCACUGAGAAGGGGAAACAAAGGACCCCAUCUUAUGUUUCUGAAAAUGUUGAUAGCUCUCCUACGCUGGAAGCUGCAAAUGCUGACCUAGUGUGCAAGAGAAAUAAUGAGGAAGCAUCCAUGAGUGGCAAUCUAAUCCUCUCAACUAACAAAGAAAAUUCAUCAACAACUGCUGAUGAUGAGAAGGUGGAGAUAACCAAAUCAGAACUUGAUGCUCCUAAAAACUCUCAUGAGGUUAAAAGCACUAAUUCUAGGCAAGUUAAGAAGUAUAGAAGAAGAAGAAGAAAGAGUAAGUCCUCUAACAGUGAAGCAUCUGUUUUGAAUGAGUCAAAAUCUGCCUUAGAAAGGGAAACCAGUAACUUAAUUUCAACAGCUGAGAUUGGUCAAAAUAAUAUCUCAGGAUGUGAAAGAAAGAAAAACAAGGGAAAGAAAAAGGUUUUUGACAAAAAUAGUUCGGAAGUUGAUCAGAAUGCUUCAUCUGCUGCAAUAUUGUCCUCAUUAGAAGAUGUGAAAGUAACAGACAAGAGGAGUAACGUGGAUGUAUCCAUAAAUGACAACAUGGUGUCAAAUUGUGAGACUUCUGAAGGAUUCAGUAAUUCUGCAGAGGAAAACACUAAAAUUGACACAAUUGACCGCAAGGAGGGAGCAAGUUUGCCUCCGUCGCCUAUUAGAGGUGUCAUAGAUUCUUCUUCCUCUUUAUGUGUACCAGUAAACAAGAACAAUAAUUUGGCUUCUAAUGAGGAAAGUGUUAAUUUCUCUUUCCAAAUAGGAGGCGACAUUCUCACGAAUGACUUAACUGUGAAAGAUGCUGUUGAGACGUGCAAAUCAAGAAGCAGAGAUAGUUCUCAAAUUUGUGCAUGCAUUCAGGAUAAUACAAAUGAAAGUGAGAAGGGAAUAGAUUUGUCACCGACUAACCUUGCUCAUAAGAAUUCUACCUCUGCAGAUGAAAUUGAGGACCAAGAUAAGAAGCUUAAGGCAAUCUCUUUGUCGCCCAAAGAGUCAAUACUAAGCCAUCAGAAAAAGCUCCUUGUUCUUGAUCUUAAUGGUUUGCUUGCUGACAUCAACCAGGACUACCGCAAUGCUCAUAAAGCAGAUAGGAAGGUUAACGGCAAAUUCGUUUUUAAGAGGCCUUUUUGCGAUGAGUUUUUGGAUUUUUGCUUUCGGAACUUCAAGAUAGGUGUCUGGUCAUCAAGGAAAAUGUACAAUGUCAACUACAUUGUUGAUUUUCUUAUGGGAAAUCUGAAAGAUAAGCUAUUAUUUUGUUGGGACCAAUCGAAAUGCACUCUUACUGGGUAUAGGACCAUCGAGAACGUGCAUAAGCCAUUGGUUUUGAAGGAACUGAAAAAACUAUGGAACAAAGAUGAGCCAGAUCUUCCAUGGGAGAAGGGAGAGUACUCGGAAUCAAACACCUUACUUGUGGAUGAUUCUCCUUACAAGGCUCUGUGCAAUCCACCGCAUACUGCUAUUUUUCCUCACCCGUAUUACUUUAGCGAUCGAAAUGAUAACUCUUUGGGGCAAGGAGGAGAUCUUCGUGUUUAUUUGGAAAAAUUAGCUGUGUGCGAUGAUGUUCGAUGUUUUGUUCGAGAAAACCCCUUUGGUCAGCCAGCUAUAUCCGAUUCCGAUCCCUCAUGGAAAUUUUACCUCCAAGUUAUUGAUAAAAUGGAGAAUAUAUCAGCUUCAGCCUUGUGAUUUUGGUCUUGUCGUAUUUGACCUUAAUAGUCUUCUAGAUAUUGAAGAAGCCCUCUUAGUACUUACAGACUUUGUACAGAGAUAGAUGGUAAGCAUAUUAAGUUUGAUCAAGAAGAAUAAUAAUUUUUGGUGAGAGCUCUUUUUAUCAAUCUGUUCAUUUUGAAGAGCUAGCUAUUAUGUCCCUCGAGUUUCAGGUGCCUCCUAUCGACAAAAUCGCACUGUUGUUGUAACAAAAGCUAGUUAUUUUGUAGCAGUAUCACUUUUGUUUCAGUUUUGUAAAGGACAGUUGCUAUCCAUAAUUUUUGUUUAAUUGUUUUGCAGCAUUUAACUAUAACUGUAGAGUGGUAGGAAAUUGUAGAAUUCAGAGAUAUUUAUUAUUAUUUUGUGAAAUGUUUUACUUUUAUUUGAAAAUGGUUUUUCGAGAA